CCCCGCCGUGACCCCUGCCACGGCCUGGGCUCCUCCGUCGCAGCCCGAACUGCCCCACUGUGCUCCCUCGGGACCUCCGCCUCGCCCGGGGGAGCAGGACCCCACUCAGUCUGGCGUGGUGGCUAGUGGCCCGUCUCCCACCAGGGUGACCCUUGGCAGGAGGCCCAGCACGGGCGGCCACUGCCUGGCCGCGGCCCCCCUCCACCAUAAAAGGGGCCGAGCGGGCACGGGGCAGCAGCGCAGGCAGAGCCCGGGCACCGCACACGGCCACCGCCAUGGGAAGCUUCGGCAACUGCCUCCUGCUCGCCCUGGCCCUGCUCAGCCCCUGUGCCGCUGCUGCCAGGAAGUGCAACCUGCAGGGCCUGUGGAGGAACGAGCUAGGCUCCAACAUGACCCUCUCAGCUCUGGACGCAGCCGGGACCUUCUCGGGCUCCUACCACACCGCUGUGGCGGCCACCAACAAGCAGAUCCUGGUGUCACCCCUGCAAGGGGCCCAGCAGCACCCCAGUGCCAAGGGGCAGCCCACCUUCGGCUUCACCGUGCAGUGGCAGUUCGCAGACUCCACCACCGCCUUUGUGGGCCAGUGCUUUGUGGACCGCCGUGGGAAGGAGACACUGGAAACCACGUGGCUUUUGUGGGAAGAGGUCCCAUCCCGCAGGGAAGCCUGGAAAGCCACCAGAGUCGGCACCUCCAUCUUCACCCGCAUGAAGUGAUGGGGAUGGGGACUGGAGCUGCCUGCACCCUGCUGUCUCACCUGCGUCCCCGGGGCUGUCUGCUGCCCCGGUACCUGGCUGGGAUCCUGCCUGCUCCCAGCAUUCUGGCCAGGAAACACACCCUCACCUUGCCCUGCUUCUUCCCAGUGCCUCCCAGUGCCUCCCAGGAGCCUGCUGGUGGGGCCUUCCCUUCUCCAAGCUUGCUGCCCCCACACAUGGUGCCGAAUAAACCUUUCUCUGCCUGGCAGAGGGCCGUGCCCCAUCUGUCCCUGGGGUGCAAGAAGCCACUCUGUGGCCAUGGGCAGAGGGAGGUGGCGGGUGGGUGGUGGCUGGGGGAGGGCAGGGCAGAGUUUUGGGGGGCUGGGGGACAAGGUGAGGACAGCAGCUGGGUAAUCCCACUUCCUGACCAUAGCUUUGGGCCUCAGCAGAUGCCUUCUUGCCUGUGCACCCCCUUGGGGUAUCUGCAGGGGCCCUGUGGUGGGUGGCCCCAGGCAGCAUCCCUGGUGUGGAGCAGCAGGAUGCCCCACGGCCAGGGGUCAGAGUGAAGGCUGCGUGCAGGCAAGUCAGCAAGCUCGCCUGGCCUGCUCCUGCAUCUCUGCACUCCAGUCGUCUGCCCUGUGUUCCCACUAAACUCCAUUUCCAGCUACUGCUCUGGGUGGGGGGGCUCGGUCCUGGGAGCACAGGGCUGCGUGCCAGCCCCCACAGAGGGGACCACAGUCACGAGCUGGGAGCCUGCGGUGUUGGGGUGGUCCAAAGUCCAGGCUGGAUACUGGAGGGACCAGAGGAGGGACCUGGGGCUCCAGGGGCAGCUACCGGGCAGACUGGGUGGCUAAGGCCGGAUACUGGAGGGAUCCCUGCUGUAUAUAUGUACAUAUGCAUGUAUUUCCCACUAAUUGGCUGUCACCUGAUCAGCCGGAAGGUGGAACAGAAAAACACCCCUUUCGGGUGCUCAGAUUCACAGGACGACAUUGCCUGUAUGUUAAACUUUAUUUUAUCAGCUCAUUAGGAAAGCAAGCAAGCAAACAUGUCAAACAAGGACCCAAUGCCCUUUGCACGGACCCAUCUAACACAUGAACUCAC